AUGUCUAGCGGUAAAUUGAUAACCCAAAGAGAAAUGGCUCGGCAGAAUGGUAUCGUACAACCCCUGUUAACUGAUUUAUACCAAAUAACUAUGGCCUAUGCUUAUUGGAAGUCUGGCAAAGUCAAUGAUGUUGCAGUAUUUGAUUUAUUUUUUCGAACAAAUCCUUUUCAAGGAGAAUUUACAAUUUUUGCAGGCCUUGAAGAAUGUUUGAAAUUUUUGGAGAAUUUUCACUAUUCUGACAGUGAUAUAGAAUAUUUAAAGCAAACAUUACCUUCAGAUAUUGAGCAGGAAUUCUUUGAUUAUUUAAAAGAUCUAACAUGUAAUGAUGUAAAACUAAGUGCUAUUGAAGAAGGCUCUGUUGUUUUUCCAAGAGUGCCGUUAUUGAGAAUCGAAGGUCCACUCAUAAUAACGCAAUUAUUGGAGACAACGUUACUGACACUAGUUAACUUCGCAAGUUUGAUGGCCACAAACGCAGCUAGAUAUAGAAUGGUCGCUGGCAAAAACAUAUCUCUGCUCGAAUUCGGGCUACGAAGAGCUCAAGGACCCGAUGGAGGUCUAUCAGCAUCCAAAUAUUCUUACAUCGGUGGUUUCGACGGUACCAGUAACGUGUUGGCCGGUAAAAUGUUCAACAUCCCAGUCAAAGGGACCCAUGCGCAUUCAUUCGUGACGUCAUUCAGUACUCUGGACGACCUCCAGAACGUGAGUGUGACGCAUCCAGAGACGAAGGCCCAGUGCAACCUGUUCCAACUGUCUCUGGACUGGAGGAAGAAGCUGUCCAUGAUCAUCGGAGUCUCCCCAGAGGAAGCCAGCGACGGUGAACUGGCCGCCCUCAUAUCAUACGCCCAAGCCUUCCCCUCAGGUUUCUUGGCACUCGUGGACACUUACGAUGUCAAGAGGUAUAAUUUUCAAGGCUUACCGACACGACAUAACGCCGGCUACAAUAGCAACUGUGGAUCCAAUGUUACGAUACAAAUACCUACUAUACGUAGUACACGUGGAUAUAGCACGGUCGAACGCACACUGAGGAGCGGUCUGCUUAACUUCUGUUCCGUGGCUUUGGCGUUGAAUGAUUGUGGGCAUCGUGCUUUAGGAGUUAGAAUCGACAGUGGGGACCUGGCUUAUCUGUCCAUACUAGCGAGGGACACCUUCCGCCAAGUGGCCGAAUCAUGUCAACUACCAUGGUUCAAUGACCUCACCAUCGUCGCCUCUAAUGAUAUCAAUGAAGAAACAAUACUCAGUCUACAUGAACAGGGCCAUGCUAUAGACUGCUUUGGUAUAGGAACACAUUUGGUAACAUGUCAACGUCAACCAGCGUUAGGAUGUGUUUACAAGCUGGUAGAGAUUAAUGGACAGCCGCGGAUAAAACUCAGUCAGGACGUCGCUAAAGUUACAAUCCCUGGACACAAAGAGGCUUACCGCUUAUUCGGUGCAGACGGCCAUGCGCUUGUGGACCUCCUACAGAGAUCUAAUGAACGACCGCCGGCCGUGGGAAGGAAAGUUCUGUGUCGACACCCGUUCCAGGAAGCCAAGAGAGCUUAUGUCAUACCUAGCAAAGUGGAACAUCUCUAUAAGGUGUAUUGGAGUGAAGGUCGUAUCUGCACAGCUCCCAAGCCGCUGUCGGAGGUCCGUGAGCGAGUACAAGCCUCCCUGAGGACCCUGCGACAAGAUAUCAAGAGGAAUUUAAACCCCACCCCCUAUAAAGUGGCUGUUAGCGACGACUUAUACAACUUUAUACACGACCUGUGGCUGCAAAACGCUCCGAUUGGAGAACUAUCAUGA